AUGACAUGUCGGUGCUCAAUGAAGCCCUGUGUUUUCUACUUGGACAGCCUCCCUGCGGCCGAAACGCCGUCUCUGACGCAACUUCGUAGAAUUGACGUUCUUAUGCAACAAAAACCUUCACAAAAGAUCGAUCCGAAGGAGAUGUUGUUGAUGACAUCCAUGCAUCUUCCUUUCCCGAUGCAAGAACCAUCUACCGAAUAUUUUAACGCGAUUUCCGGAUGCUCGACUUCGUAUAUUUGUGCGGAAGAAAUGGGAAUCGGCUUCUCAUUCCGACGACACGUGGAAAAAUUGUGGAUGAAGAACUUCUCUCCGGCGAACAAUGGAACAGAUAAAGCUGCCAAUGAUUUGAAAAAUCAGCUCAAAGUUAGAAGGAAAUGUAGUAGCAAGCACGAUAGAACAAGUUCAUACGCACGAAAAUCGCAUAAUUAA